AUGGCAAAUGGAAGAUCAAUCAUUGAACUUCACGGGUUUGGUGACACUUCGCCAAAAGCUUAUGGUGCAGCCAUUUACAUCCGAUCUAUGGAUGCUGCUGGCAAGGUUUCAACCCACCUAGUUAUGUCCAAAUCAAGAGUUGCACCUACAAAAACUGUCUCGCUUCCAGGAUUAGAGUUGCUUGCAGCUGUUAUUAACUCAUGGCUACUGAAGUUCCUUGCAGCAUCUUUGUGUCUCAAACUAGACCGGGUGGUGUGCUGGACUGCCAGCAUGGUAACCCCACAGUGGAUCAGGGGAUCAAGUUCCCAGUGGAAGACAUUUGUGGCGAAUCGUGUCGCUGAAAUUCAGUCCACCUGGGAUCCUCAACACUGGAAACAUUGUCCUGAAGAGGACAAUCCGGCUGAUCUGAUUACCCGCGGAUUGUUAUUAAAGGUCUUAGCUGAAAACAGCCUAUGGUGGAAUGGGCCAAAGUGGUUGGCUUCAAACUGUUGGCCAACUGAAAGGCAGGGAAAUGCAGAGUCUUCUGAGAUUGUUGAAAGGGAGAGGAAGCCGAAACAGGUGACAAAGCAUACAUUCUUCAAAUCUGGAGAAAGCUCAGCAUCAAAGGAACUGUCAGCUGAAGAGCUGAAAAAUGCCAAGCUGAACUGUUAUCAUCAAGUUCAAAGAGAAGUGUACCGAAUCGAGUAUGCACAGCUGGAGGCAGGCCAACCAUUACCCAAAACCAGUACUAUCUUGAAGUUGAAUCGUUACUUUGACAAGGAAGAUCGGGUGUUACGAGUAGGAGCAAGGCUGCAAUAUUCCAAUCUUCCAGAGGCGACUAAACAUCCAAUCAUCCUGCCACAUGGCCAUCCAGUUGUCGAGAAAAUUAUCCAGAGUGUUCACAAUGAAUUACUUCAUGCCGUGCCGUGA